AUGUCGACUGAAGCAGAACCUCAAUACCUUCUCAAGGAAAGCAACCGUGAGGUUGAGCGUCUCCAGAAGCAGCAUGCGUGGUUUCAGCGAUGCCUGAACAACCAAAUGGUCUUUGCCCCGGUAGAUCUGAACAAAGAGGAACUGAAGGUGCUGGACGUUGGUUGUGCCGAUGGAAUCCUUCUUCGUGAUCUCCAGAAGCAAGUCACUCCUUCCGCUCAGUUGGUGGGAGUAGACAUAAUGAAUAGUUUUAUGCCAUCUUUUCCCCAAGGCAACAUCAGCUAUCAGGUCUACGACGUAUGCGAACCGCCCUCAGGCAAGCUUGAGGGAGCUUUUGACUUUACUCACGUGCGAUAUGUCUUGCCCGGAUGUGCCAAGGUUGGCUAUCAACAAGCUGUUUCUAAUCUUGCUGAUACUCUCGCACCUGGAGGCUGGCUUCAAGUACAAGAAAUGGACUUGGACUACGAUCGCUCUGAAGUUGGGCAAGCAACAAACGACGCCAACCAGAUUUUCUCUGGUAUUUUCGACAAGAUCGGCCUCGGGGCCAGAUUCCCGAGCAAACUCGACAAGGCAUUCGAAGCUGCCGGUCUGGUGAACGUGUCGAUCCAGAAUGUCGAUUUGCCGAUGGGUAAACGACUGGGAGAUGACAAGGCUGCCCAAGACUCCUGGGAGCCGUUUGUCAUUACGAUUCCGAGUGUUAUUGAAACUGCCAAGUCAUUGGCGGCCGAUAUUCCCGAUUCUGUCUACGCCAACCUGGCAGAGAGGUUUGAAAAGGAAGUCAAAGAGCAGGGCUCACUGUGGAGGUCGUUCAUCAUCAUUGGGCAAAAACCUGAAUAA